GUUUUCGAGGCGGAACUGCAAGGGGCGCUGUGAGCAGCUCGUUUGCAGCCCCCAACAAUGAAACCGGAGUGUAGAAGAAGACCAUUCUGCGCCGAAGAGUGACUGGUGCUGGAGUUGUAGACCGCUUCAGUCCCUGCAUUCAGACAGUAAUGUCUGGCUAUGUGUGUUCAAGAGUUUUCUUUAACACUGGUAUAAGACAUCUGUCCAGUUCCUUCGCUACGAGCAAUGUUUCACCAGCCACACUGUCUAAAACCUGCCUGUUUCCCUCUCAUGCACGGGGCAUCUCAUCACGUAGAGGUAGAUCAGGACAGGGAGGAGAAAACACACUGGACUUCCACCUCAACCGGCUACAGAUCGAUGCGGUCCUGUGUGCUAACGAACAAUCUGUACGCAUUCCAGAGUUUGAUGGACGGGGUGGUUCCAGCCCUGUGCUGAGGUUUGAGAGUAACCAGCUUGCAGCCAAUACUCCACUAGAAGACCGACGCAGUAGUGCCAGAUGCCUUCAAGCUCGUGGAAUGAUCUUUGGCGUGUUUGAUGGACAUGGCGGUCACGCGUGUGCUCAAGCUGUCAGUGAACGUCUACCGUAUUACAUUGCUGUGGCAAUGAUGUCAGAAUCUCUCCUGGAGGAUCUGGAGGCAGCCAUGGAGACUGCACGACCUGUGCCGCCUAUUCUGCAGUGGUACAAGCAUCGCAAUGACUACAAUUACAGGGAGUCUGCCGCUCUCUAUGUCAAUAAUUUGCGUGUUUACUGGCAGGAGCUUCUGGCAAGUGAAGAACAAGGUGAAGGCAUGAGCCCCGUAGAUGCUUUCAGCUACGCAUUCCAACGGCUAGACACAGAUCUUUCCCUUGAAGCGCAGGUACCCCUGGCAAAUGACCUGAUGCGCAGCACGGCCAUUCAGGCUGCUUUUGCCGGUUGCACUGCGUGUGUAGCGCACGUAGGACCAGAAGGUGUGCACGUGGCAAAUGUGGGAGACUGUCGUGCAGUGUUGGGAUUCCAAGAGGAUGAUGGGAGCUGGAACGCUCUACCACUCACGCAGGACCACAACAGUACAAAUCAAGCAGAAUUGAAGCGGGUAUGGAGCCAGCAUCCAGUCAGCGAACGGCAAACCGUGAUCGUAGACGACAGGCUGCUCGGGGUCCUGAUGCCACUACGUGCAUUUGGAGAUGUGCGCUUUAAGUGGCGCCGAGAGCUGCAGCAAAGUGUGCUGGAGAACGGAGAGUCUGAUUCAGAAGCACUGAACCUUUAUCAAUAUGCUCCACCCAAUUACCUCACUCCACCUUACUUGGAUGCCACACCAGAGGUAACUUAUCAUCGUCUGAGACCGCAGGACCGGUUUCUGAUCGUGGCCUCUGAUGGUCUUUGGGACGAAAUGAGCAACGAGGAGGCUGUAAGACUUGUGGCGGAACACCUGACAGGUGUUCACCUGCAGGCGCGGGUCUCAGCCAGGCAGCUUAACUUGGGACAAAUGCAUCAGCUGUUGCUGCGACGACGUGCCAAGGCAACCCCCUCGCUGGAUCGUAAUGCAGCCACACACUUAAUUCGACAUGCGCUGAGCACAAAUGAGUAUGGAGAGAUGGACCAGGAGAGGUUGGCAACCAUGCUGGCACUGCCUAGUGACCUAGCACGCAUGUAUCGUGACGACAUCACGGUCACAGUGAUUUACUUUAACUCAAACUUCAGCCAAUCUUCUCAUAAUAAAUAAUAAAAGUCAACAUUUCUUUAUUGUUGGGGGUGCAAAAUAUGUAUGUUUCAAAAUCUUGUGAAUAAUGUUCUGCUUAUGUAUAUUGUAACUGUUAGCGGUAUAGAAUUAUAAUAUGUGGUUUCGUAAGAAUUUAUGCAAACAAUUGCUAGAUUCACAGUCAGAAAAUGAAGGUUAAUAUGAAUCUGUCUGUGUAAACAUGCUGCCAGUUUACCCGGCCAUUUUUCUCUCAGGUUCUUGUUUGAUUGUUUGUUUUUUGUCUGCUUAAACUUCACACUUUUUAUGUUGACCGUGUAGAUUUAUGGAAUUGUUUAUAUGAUAAUUGACUGCUUUAAAGUAUUUUUAAUUGUUAGCAGAUGUCUUCAUUUUCCACUGUUCUUAUAUUUUCAAUCUAGGAUCAAUAUGAAGAUGUUAUCAUUUGUCUAAUUUAUUCAAAACUCAUUAACAUCAUCAAUUAUUUAAUCAAAUCUGUCUUAUUUUCCAUUACACAAAUAUUUUGACUAUGCAUUAAUUCUGUCAGUUAUUGUGUAGUCUGAAGUUUAGAUUAAUAUAUCAUGCACAUAUUUUGUUUUAAAUUAUUAAUUUUAGCAUUUAAGUUGAUGUUAAUAAAGAUUUAUAGCUUUUGAGAUAUUUUGCACUUUGCAGCGAAUGCAGGUUGUUUCAAAUUACCACAGUGUAUAACAUAAAAUCCUUUCAAAUGGUUAAACCAAAUAGUUGUAGAGCAAGAUAUAAUGGUCAUAAAGCCAAUUUCAUUUCAAGGUUUUAGCACUAUUUACACUUUUAGUGCAGAUUUUAAUUCUCUCUACCGUAUAUUACAAUCCUUAUGUAGGUUCAUUUGCUUUGUAAGAAUCUGUUAUUUCAUAAUAUUUUCACUAUUGUAAUGUGUAUAAGACAUCAGACAUAAGACGUCAUGUGACUCUUCAUUUGGAAUUUCUGUAUCUUGUUUUCUGUCAUAUAUUCAAAACUACUCUUGCUAUUAAACUAUUUUAUCCAAAUGA